UGACUGGCCUGGUAAGGCUGCGUUUCUGGGGAGAUUGAAACCGCGGUUAGGUGUGGUCUAAAGCCCUGGUUUGGUGCCGGGGAACGGACAGGAGGGAGCGCAAGUUCUAGAGCCCUCCUGCUUCCAGAAGCCCUCCUGGAGGCAGUUUUGAUUCUUCCUGGAUGGGGCCAGGUACCUCGGGCCAGACUGUCAAUAAUGUCAGGAACGGCCAGGCAUUUAGGAGCUACGGAUACGCAGAGACACAGAGAGAGAGCGCACAGAUAGGCAGAGUGGCAGAAGCAGGGAGCCCAACGCGGGGCUCGAUCCCAGGACUCUGGGAUCAUGACCUGAGCCGAAGGCAGACGCUCAACGACUGAGCCACCCAGGCGCCCCUCGUAACUGCGUUCUUGACAGGUUGGGCCGCGUGUAUGCGGAGGAGCAAGCAUCAUCAGUGUUAGAGAAAGCUCUCAGACGGAGAAGAAGAAAAGUAGGCACCUGGGAACUUGUCACCUUGCAGGAAACUAUCUACCUGACGUGGCCCAAGGGCACAUGGGAUUGCACACUGACAGCGUUCUUUACGAGGCUCCGCCUGGGAGAAUGGAGGGAAUGCCGGGACGUUUUGUUCUCCGAUUGUGAUUAUGAGACUAGAGAGAAGAAGGACAACAGGAAAAUCUUCAUUUGAGCGUCAGAGGAGAGAAAACGCAUAAGUGAAUUCGAGAAGGCGUCGGGUCGCGGACUCUCCCGGGAGCCGCGUGUUUGGCGCAGAUGGAGCCAGAGGCUGCCCCGCGCGUGUCGGCGCCCGGCUCGCUCCUGUCGUUCGCGCUCCUCAGCUGCUCUGCGCUGCGCUCAGCCCAGUUUACUGUCGUGGGGCCAGCUGACCCAGUCCUGGCCAUGGUGGGAGAAGACACCAUGUUCCACUGCCACCUGUCGCCGGAGAAAGACGCGCAGCGCAUGGAGGUGCGCUGGUUCCGCGCGCAGUUCUCCCGGGCGGUGCUCGUGUAUAAGGGCGGACGAGAGAAGACGCAGGAGCAGAUGGAGGAGUACCGGGGAAGGACCACCUUUGUGAGCGAACACAUCAACACGGGGAGCGUGGCGCUCGUCAUCCGCAACGUCACAGCCCACGACCGCGGCAUCUACCACUGUUACUUCCAAGAAGGCAGGUCCUACGACGAGGCCAUCGUGCGCCUGAUGGUGGCAGGCCUGGGCUCUAAGCCCCUCAUCGAAAUGAAGGGCCAGGAGGAUGGAGGUGUGCGGCUGGAGUGCACAUCCAGAGGCUGGUUCCCGGAGCCCCGUGCGGUGUGGAGGGACCCUCUCGGUGCGAUCAUGCCGGCCCUGGAGGAGGCUUACACGGUGGACGCAGACGGCCUCUUCAUGGUCACCACGUCCGUGGUCAUCAGGCCCUGCUGUGUGAGGAAGACAUCCUGCUCCGUCAGCAACACCCUGCUUGGCCAGGAGAAGGAAACUGUGAUUUUCAUCCCAGAAUCCUUUGCUCCCGGCACCUUUCCCUGGACGGUGGGCCUCGCUGUCAUCCUGCCUUCUCUGCUCCUUUUCACCGCCGGGAGCAUCUGUCUCAUCAGGAAACUCCACAGGGGAAAAGAGGUUGAAAAUGAAGAGAAGGAAAUCGCAUGUAAGGAACUGGAGACAGACCAUGCGGAAGAAGAGAAAGAGCAUCGCAUCAAAGAGCAACUUCAAGAAGAAUUGCGAUGGAGACGAGCCCUGCUACAGGCCGCUGACGUGGUCCUAGACCCGGACACCGCUCAUCCCGAGCUCUUCCUGACGGAGGACGGGAGAAGUGUGAGAAGAGGCCCCGCCAGGCAGAGUGUCCCCGACAACCCGAAGAGAUUCGACUGCCGGCCUUGUGUCCUGGGCCUGGAGAGCUUCUCCUCAGGGAGGCAUUACUGGGAGGUUGAGGUUGAAAACGUGAUGGUGUGGGCUGUGGGGGUUUGCAGAGACAGUGUUGAGAGGAAAGGGGAGGCCCUACUGGUCCCCCAGAAUGGCUUCUGGACCCUGGAGAUGUUUGGAAACCAGUACCGGGUCCUGUCUUCCCCUGAGAGGAUUCUUCCCCUGAAAGAGCGUCUUCGUCGGGUGGGUGUCUUCCUGGACUAUGAAGCUGGAGAUAUCUCCUUCUAUAACAUGAGGGACAGAUCACACAUCUACACAUGUCCCCGUUCACCCUUUUCUGGGCCCCUGAGACCCUUCUUCAGGCUGGGGUCUGAUGACAGCCCCCUCUUCAUCUGCCCAGCCUUCACAGGGGCGCGGGGGAUCCUGGUGCCCGAGGGCGGCCUGAUCCUCCACAGGACAGGGACCAGUCACAGCCCCCACGGACAGUGCCCUGGCCUCAGAGCCAAGUAGAGAAGCCUUGGCCAUCUCUGCUAGCACAGCACAGCACCCCGGAAGGAAACAGGCCCUCCUUCCCAGUAGACACAUGGAAGAACCUCCUCCAGAGGCCCCUCCAACACCCUCUUCAGACCCAGCCCCAUCCGCCCCUCAUUAGGCUGUUGCUUUAGUAACUCAUUUGCUGGGAACCAUGGGGCAGGGUCUGGCCUCAGAGAGGGGCCGCCACAUGGCUCCCACCCAUGAAGAGUGUGUGAGAGUGACAGGCUUUCCCGUCAGAGUGACACAUCGAGCCUGACGCUCAGGUUGAUGUCAGACGCCGUGGACUCCAGGUGAGGGCAUCUGGACACAGCAGGCUGUGAGGGGAGGGAGGCCACCGCUGGAGGUCAAGGACAGACGAAGCUGCCAGGGAGGUGGGAGCCUCGGCGUCACCGCCAAGGGGCACAGGGGCUGCGGAUCCAUUCCCACCCCUCCCCUGAGCUUUCCAGAGCACACAGCAAAGCCCUCCCAGCCUAGAACUGAGCUGGAGAAGGAUGAAGACACAUCUCGGCCUGGCUCAGGUGUCCGCUCAAUAAACUGGGAGUCAGUACUCAGUUACUGAGUGUGGCCUGAGGUUCAAGGUCCUAGCUGAGCAGGUGAGUACUGAACCAGGUGGGUCCCCGGGUUCAGGUUCAGUGGGGAAAGCAGCACGUUCCCACGUUUUGACCUCAGGCUGCCUUUAGACAUUAACAAUCACGGAGAGGGGUCCCUGGGUGGUGCCGUCGGUCGAGUGUCCAACUCUUGGUUUUGGCUCAGGUCUCGAUCUCAGGGGUGUGAAAUCGAGCCCCUGCAUGCUCCGCGCUCAGCACAGAGUCUGCUUGAGAU